AUGAAACAAUUUGAAGAGAAUAGCGAGUUUGAAAUUUCCACUGAAGACAUCACUGAGAAAAUCGAUGUUUAUAAGGAACAGACAUUGUGUAUAACCAAUCAUUUGAAAAGACGCCCUCUCUUCUACAUCUUCGCCGUCCUGCUCCCCGUGGUCCUCCUCUACUUCCUCAACACCUUCGUGUUCCUGCAGCCCUCACAGGGCGGAGAAAAGACCAGCAUGGCCGUGUCUGUCCUCCUCAGCUUCCAGCUCUUUCUGUCCAUCAUCAGAGACACCCUGCCCGAAAACUCUCUGACAGUCAGCCUAUUCAGCAUCUACGUGUCUCUGGCCAACUUCACCAGUGUCAUCAUCGUCGUUGUGAACAUUCUCCUCCUCAAACUGAAAGAUAAAUGGAUCUUAAGAAUGUGUAGGAAGAACUCUGCCUCAAAUCAAGUCGAUGUUGGAAGUGGCAAUGUGGAGGAGGAUGAGCAUACAAGGCCAACGUGGGCAAAUAUUGAAACUCAACUAAACAAGACCUGUUUUCUGUGCUUCUUUGUGUUUAGUAUUAGUAUAACAGCCGUGAUUCUUGGGAUGCUGACAAGAUAA